AGUUCGAUUGUCAGUUCAAAGCUAAGUUGCGAACAGCAAAGAUGAGCAUAAGCUUUAAGAAAGUUUUAUUACUGGCAUGCCUGAUUGGCUGCGUGGUAUCCGAUAUUACCGUUGACAACAAAGCAGUGCUCGCGCUGAAGAAACGAUCGGAUGUGGUUGCUUUUUCGCUGAAUUGGUGUGACGUGUUUUACCAGGAAGAUUUUCCAAGAAACGUGGACUGCAAUGGGAAGCCUGAGUUAGUAUGGGAUUAUUUCCCGUCAUGCUGCAACGGAGCAUACAAUUGCAGAAACGGCGCGAUAUUGGAUAUCUAUCUUUGUGCCCCUGGAUACGUGUAUGAUACUACGGCGGAAAUCUGUUUGGAGUUCUCAGAGGAUUCAUGUCCUUAUCUAAAUGGAGGAGCAGGAGGGGGAGAUGAUGAUACAACCAUCGACGAUUCUACUACGGAGGCUCAAGAAAUCAUCAGCUGUUACACUGUAGUAAAUGGUUUGAUCCCGCAUCCAUCAGAUUGUACAAAAUACGUGGAGUGUAUCAAUGGAGAUCCUAACGUUCGUGACUGUCUGGAAGGAUACGUCUACUAUGCACCGUUUUAUGUGUGUCUUCCUGGCACGAAAGAGACCUGCAAGAUCUACACACUUGAAGAUCUACCGCUGUAAUCUAGUUUAUCUUUAUUUUUGAACAGACAUUUCCUGCAAUAAAAUCGUUAAUCUUAUCAUAAACCAUUAACUGAUACUGAAAGACU